AUGGGCAACUCUUUUCCUAUGUGGUUCACAAAUCUUAUGACCUCCUUGACUGAAGAUCACAUUUCCUAUGCAGUGGUGGUGCUCUAUUUCGUGUGGAGGGCGAGAAACAAUGUCGUUUGGGACGGCUAUCUUCCGUCUCCUAAGAGAGUGGCAGCAGCGGCACUUGCGGCGUUACAGGCGUGGAAGGCGGUCGCACAAGGCCACCAGUCUACGAUUGGGCACUCUGUGCUAGACGAUGGUGCGGCGUUGCAAGGUGUCACUGCCCAGCCGCCCGAAGCUGCUCCACUGACGUGCUUCUUCGAUGCCAGCUACGAUCCGGUCACAUUACGGGCUGCUUUCGGGGCUGUGUUGUUGGAGUCGGAUGGAGGUUACGUGGCUGCAUGCGCUGGUCCGCUCAUCGACUGCUUUUCACCACUAAUGACGGAGACCGUGGCGUGCAAGGAGGUCCUAUCCUGGCUCGAGGGUAGAGGCGUGGUUUCAGUUCAGCUCAAAACGGAUUGUUCACAACUUUGCAGCGGUUUAGGCAGAAUGCAUUCUUCUUUUUACUCGUAUGUUGGCUUAUUUAUUGAUGCAUGUAGGAGGGCUAUUGCCACUUUUUUAUAUUGCCAUAUUAGUUUAGUCCCUAGAUCGGCAAACGUUAUUGCUCAUACUCUUGCUACUGCGGCCGCUCAUCAGGCUAGCAUUCUUUAUUGGGACUUUGUCCCUCCUGACUCUAUUUCUUCGUUUUUACAGUAA